AUGAGCCCAAAGCCAAAGGUGAUGGUCGAGUUUGGAAGCUUCGUUGGCAAUUCGACGAUAGCAUGGGGCGCUAUGCUGAGAGAGUUCUAUCCGGGCGACAACAGUGGCAUUCGCGUUCACAGUUUCGAGCUCGACCCCGAACUAGCAGACAUCGCACGAGACGUUGUGAAACUAGCUGGUAUGAGCGACAUUGUCACUGUCGUUGAUGGACCAGGCUCAGAGUCGUUGAAGACUCUUGUGAAGAACGGGGAUCUCAAGACCGAAAGCGUUGAUGUAGUCUUCUUCGACCACUGGGAAGAUGUCUAUCUUCCAGAUUUGAAGCUCUGCGAGGAACUCAAAGUUCUUCACAAGGGAUCAGUGGUAUUGGCAGACAAUACUGACAUUCCCGGCGCGCCUAAGUACCUCGAGUAUGUGAGAGGCAACUUGGAGGAACUUGCUGGAACUCUACGAUAUCAAAGCAAGACUCAUCUCGUCCCGAACUCGAGUAACUCACACGGGCCAAAUCAAAAGCGAGCCCUGGAGGUUACUAUCGUCGUUUGA